AUGAUUGUUGUAAUACAAAAUUUAAUUUUGUUUGAUUGGUUGCGUGUACUCCAGACAAAAAAAAUUGCGUUUAGUAAACAAGUCAUAGGUAAUCGUAGUAUCUCCAGUAUGGACAACGAUUAUGCAAAGGAGUUGAGUAAUUUACGCAAGUUAAGAGCAACACUACAAGCCGUUAAGGAAUCGACUGACAAGAUUUUACAAGACGUGGAAACUGUUUACAAGAAUAAUCAUCCUCAACUUUUAGAACAAUCUAAGGAUCUUGAGCAAACUAUAAACAAAGUUGUAAAUUAA